AUUUGAAUUAGCUGAUCAUCAUUUAUACGUGUUUAUCAUUGUGAUCAAUGUUACCGUGCACAAUUCAACUGACUCAUUAUUUAAAUGAUAUAUUUGAACUACAAGUCCCAUAAGGUACCUGUCCCGUCUCCUUGGAAACGUCUUGUUUCUCGGACAGGUAACUGCAGCAAAUAAUCCAGCUCAGCAGCUUCCUCCCACUGUGGGUGAGUGUUUUUCACAGGUGAGACCAUGUACGGAGCUCCAGUGGAUUUAUCUUACAAACGGAUCUGCUGUCUGGGAGAUACCUGGAUAGAAGAACCCAGAAGUGGCCUGCGACCUUUAAAGAGAAAUUCAGAGAAGAAGUACCAAAGCCGCUCCCUGCGUCUCAAUAACAACAACAUUUCUGACCUCGGUGACCUCCAGAUCUCUGUUUGCCACUUCCUGGCUGAGCCAUUACAGCUGGCCUGGCUGGACCUUUCAUUCAACAGAAUCACACACAUAGACCCUGUUUUGUGUGAGCUGCCUGAGCUGCGUGUGCUGUAUCUUCAUGGUAACAGCAUUUCCAUCCUGUCAGAGGUGGACAGACUGGGAGCGCUGCCGCAUCUACACACCAUCACUCUACAUGGAAAUGCCAUAGAAGCCAGCAAAGCUUACAGGAAUCGAGUGAUUUCUGCUCUGCCUCAGUUAAAGACAAUGGACUUCAGUUCUGUGACGCGGCAGGAUCGAGUCAUGGCAAAUAUCUGGCAUCACGGCUACAACCGCAGAAAUAGCAAACAACCUCUCCAGUGAGUGGUGGCUCAGCUCCACCGCCGUAACCCGUGCCCCACAUCCAGCCUCGGAGACCUUUAAAUAUUGAAUGUAUUGUGUAUUUGUAACUUUGUUUUUUAUUCUGUUGAAAUGAACAGUUGAUUAAGUAGAUCCUUAAAUAUUGGCUGUUAUAUUCAUGUCAAUUAAAUUAUAUAGUUGUAGACA